AUGAAACGUUUCUUUCGACCAGUAGAGAAAGAUGGGUCUGCCAAAAAGCCCACUCUUUCAUCUUCUUCAGAAAAUGGAGAAAUUUCAGGGGAGGGCAGCAAGAAAGAGCCACUUAAGUUCAUAACUUGGAAUGCUAAUAGCUUUCUUCUCCGGGUUAAGAAGAACUGGCCUGAGUUCACUAAGUUCAUCACGAGCUUUGACCCAGAUGAAGUAAGGAUGCCUGCUGCUGGUUCAAAGGAUGCACCUAAAAAUCCAGGAGAGUUGAAAGAUGACACUAGCUCAUCACGUGAAGAAAAGCAGAUACUAAUGCGUGCCUUGUCAAGUCCGCCCUUUGGAGAUUAUCGUGUUUGGUGGUCUCUUGCAGAUUCAAAGUAUGCAGGGACUGCAUUGUUUGUAAAGAAGUGUUUCCAACCACAAAAAGUAUUUUUCAAUCUUGACAGAAAAGCUUCAAAGCAUGAACCAGAUGGCCGGGUCAUCUUAGCUGAAUUUGAGACCUUUAAUUUGUUGAAUACAUAUGCUCCAAACAAUGGUUGGAAGGAGGAAGAAAAUUCAUUCCCAAGGAGACGAAAAUGGGAUAAAAGGAUUUUAGAGUUUGUUCUGCAGUCUUCAGAUAAGCCUCUCAUAUGGUGUGGUGAUCUGAAUGUUAGCCAUGAAGAGAUUGAUGUGAGUCAUCCAGAUUUUUUCAGUGCAGCAAAGCUUAAUGGUUACGUUCCUCCAAAUAAAGAGGAUUGUGGACAGCCUGGAUUCACCUUGGCUGAGAGGAAGCGUUUUGGUAACAUAUUGAAAGAGGGAAAGCUAAUAGAUGCAUACCGGUUCCUUCACAAGGAGAAGGACAUGGAGCGUGGCUUCUCCUGGUCUGGAAACCCCAUAGGAAAGUAUCGUGGUAAAAGGAUGAGAAUAGACUACUUCAUUGCUGCAGAAAAACUCAAAGAUAGGAUUGUUGCAUGUGAGAUGCAUGGGCUGGGGAUUGAACUACAAGGGUUCUAUGGAAGCGAUCAUUGUCCAGUCUCCCUUGUGCUUUCUGAAGGACAUGCCAAUUCCAAAGAAACUGAAUUAUCUGCGUAA